UUGUCGCCCGCCGCCUCCCAGUCGGAUUGCGGCCGAGGCCGGUCCUGGCUUUGUAACUUGCUCAAGAUGGCGGCGCAGCCACCCAGCGGGAUCCGCCUCAGCGCGCUUUGCCCGAAGUUUUUACAUACAAAUUCUACUAGUCACACUUGGCCAUUUAGUGCGGUUGCUGAAUUAAUAGAUAAUGCUUACGAUCCUGAUGUGAAUGCUAAACAGAUAUGGAUUGACAAAACAGUGAUAAAUGACCAUAUAUGCCUGACAUUCACUGAUAAUGGGAAUGGUAUGACUUCAGACAAAUUACAUAAAAUGCUGAGCUUUGGCUUCAGUGACAAAGUCACCAUGAAUGGUCACGUCCCAGUUGGAUUGUAUGGGAAUGGCUUCAAGUCAGGUUCUAUGCGUUUGGGUAAAGAUGCAAUGGUUUUUACCAAAAAUGGAGAAAGCAUGAGCGUGGGCUUCUUGUCUCAGACCUACUUGGAAGUCAUAAAAGCAGAACAUGUUGUUGUCCCAAUAGUGGCAUUCAACAAAGACCGACAGAUAAUUAAUUUAACAGAAUCGAAAGCGAGUCUUGCUGCAAUUCUGGAACAUUCUCUGUUUUCUACGGAACAGAAAUUACUGGCAGAGCUUGAUGCUGUCAUCGGUAAGAAGGGGACAAGGAUCAUCAUUUGGAAUCUCAGAAGCUACAAAAGUGCAACAGAGUUUGAUUUUGAUAAGGAUAAAUAUGACAUUAGAAUUCCAGAAGAUUUAGAUGAGACAGCAGGGAAGAAAGGGUACAAGAAGCAAGAAAGGAUGGACCAAAUUGCCCCUGAGAGUGACUAUUCUCUGAGGGCUUACUGCAGUAUAUUAUAUCUAAAGCCACGAAUGCAGAUCAUCUUGCGUGGGCAGAAAGUGAAGACACAGCUAGUUUCGAAGAGUCUUGCCUACAUUGAACGUGAUAUUUAUCGACCCAAAUUUUUAACUAAUAAAACUGUGAGAAUUACUUUUGGAUUCAACUGCAGAAAUAAAGAUCAUUAUGGGAUAAUGAUGUAUCACAGAAAUAGACUCAUCAAAGCUUAUGAAAAAGUUGGAUGUCAGUUAAGGGCAAACAACAUGGGUGUUGGAGUAGUGGGGAUUAUAGACUGUUAUUUCCUAAAGCCGACUCAUAAUAAACAAGAUUUCGAUUAUACUAACGAAUACAGGCUUACAAUAACAGCACUAGGAGAUAAGCUCAAUGAUUACUGGAAUGAAAUGAAAGUGAAGAAAAAUGCAGAAUAUCCUCUGACUUUGCUGGUUGAAGAUAUACAGAAACGUCCUGAUCAGACAUGGGUUCAAUGUGAUUCCUGUCUAAAGUGGCGAAAAUUACCAGAUGGGAUAGAUGAACUUCCAGAAAAAUGGUAUUGCUCCAAUAACCCUGACCCACAGUUCAGAAAUUGUGAUGUUCCAGAAGAGCCUGAAGAUGAAGAUUUGGUGCAUCCCACUUAUGAAAAAACCUACAAAAAGAAAGACAAGGAAAAAUUCAGGAUCAGACAACCGGAAGCAAUCCCUCGGAUUCCUGCUGAACUCUUGUUUCCAACAACUCCUGUGUCAAGUCAAAGCUUUCCUCCCAUUAAGGAAAAUGUUCCAAGAGCACAUCUUUCAGAAGCGGCAAAUACUUAUGCAACGAGACUUAUAAAUAAUCAUCGAGGUUCACCCCAGUCUGAACCUGAGAAUAACAGCCUGAAACGGAGACUCUCUACUCGUUCCUCAAUUUUGAAUGCAAAGAAUCGGAGAUUGAGUAAUCCAGCAUUUGAAAAUUCUUAUAAAGAUGAUGAUGAUGAUGAAGAUGUCAUCAUCUUAGAAGAAAACAGUACUCCCAAGCCUGCAGUAGACGAUGAUAUUGAAGUGAAAUUGCAACCGAGUCACAUGGAGCAGAGCGGUGUUCAGGUGGAGCCUGUGGGUGAUAAUGAACCGUGUGGCCAGACUAGUUCAACAGGCACCUCAUCAUCCAGGUGCAAUCAGGGAACCACUGCAGCCACCCAGACUGAAGUACCAAGUUUAGUCGUUAAAAAGGAAGAAACUAUUGAAGAUGAGAUAGAUGUAAGAAAUGACACAGCCAUACUGCCAUCCUGUGUGGAAACUGAAGGAAAGAUACGUGAAACCCAGGAAAUCUUUGAUAAAUCUGCUGGUGAUGCUGGUUGCCAAUUAAAUGAACUAAGAAAUGAGCUGCUUCUUGUCACCCAAGAAAAAGAAAAUUAUAAAAGACAGUGCCACGUAUUUACUGACCAAAUCAAAGUGUUACAGCAGAGGAUACUGGAAAUGAAUGACAAAUACGUGAAGAAGGAAACUUGCCAUCAGUCUACUGAAACUGAUGCUGUAUGUUUACUUGAAAGUAUUAAUGGUAAAUCUGAAAGUCCAGACCAUAUGGUGUCUCAGUAUCGGCAAGCUUUGGAAGAAAUAGAAAGGCUGAAAAAACAGUGUAGUGCUUUGCAACAUGUAAAGGCUGAAUGCAGUCAGUGUUCCAAUAGCGAGAGUAAAAGUGAAGUGGACGAGAUGGUUGUGCAGCUUGACGAUGUAUUUAGACAGCUGGACAAAUGCAGUAUCGAGAGGGACCAGUAUAAAAGUGAGGUUGAAUUAUUGGAAAUGGAAAAAUCACAAAUCCGUUUGCAGUGUGAAGAACUGAAAACUGAAAUCGAACAAUUAAAAUCUACAAGUCGGCAAAUUGGAGAUGUGUCAACGUCAAGUAACAUCGAGGAGUCUGUAAAUUAUACUGAUGGGGAAAGCCUCAAACUUCGAUCUCUUCGAGUUAACGUAGGACAGCUCCUGGCCAUGAUUGUACCUGAUCUCGAUCUUCAGCAAGUGAAUUAUGAUGUCGAUGUAGUUGAUGAGAUCUUAGGACAAGUUGUCGAGCAAAUGAGUGAAAUCAGUAGUACUUAAAGUGUAUUUUAUGUGAGAUACUAAAAAAUAUUUGCUCCGUCUUUCUGGUUGUAUAGCUUUCAAAAUUUAAGCAACUUUGUUAUAGAUAUGAUACGUAACAGACUGAAGAACCAUAAUCUUUUCUGUAUUCUAUGCAUUCAAGUGUGGACACAAAUAUUGUGGACACACUAUCACACCUUUUGAAAUGCCUGUGAAUCAUUGGUAUUGAGCAGCUACAUAGCUAACUCAUGAUUCUGCUUUGAAAUGUAAAUAUUUAUAAUUAAGUCACACAUAUUUUUUUAUUACCCUAGAGGACUCAAGUGUUUUUCACCAAGAGGUUUUCAGGAUUCCCCUAACCUUUGUGCAGUCUUUUCUGGUUCCCCAAAGUGUAUUUUUCUCUGACUUGAGGGCUGUGCCAUAAUACAAAUGGAAAUGUUACCUUUGAUUUUCUUACAGAGAAGUUUAAAACAGGGUUUUUAAAAAUGGAAUAACCCUCCCGAUAAGUUGUAAGUAAUUGAGCAUUAAUGUUUCUUUUCUAUAAAUUCUUAUCUCCUGAAAUAUUUUAUUCAUGAAAAUAAAGUAAGCAGAAACUCCAUCCAUUUUGCCAGGAUUUUUUUGUGUGUGCUGAGAUUGCCGAUCAUGGUUAUUAAACACAAAGUGUUUUUACAGAAAAAAAUAAUGAUUUUUAGUAUAAAAAUAUAAAAAUAUUAAAUGCCCCACCACAUUUACUUGGAAGCCCAUUUUUGGCUGCUUAGUCCGCAUGGAGUGGGCACAGUGAUUGUUUACUAUUUCUUUUUGUGAAAUUUCCUGUACAGCCUUUUGUAGGAGUACUACAGGUUAAUAUGAGUUGAGGAAGACAAUCUUUCUCCAACAGUACUGCAUACCUUUUAUUAUAUUACAAACCUAAGUGUUUUAUAUCCUGGACUUAAGCAACAAACAACCUAGGAUUAUAGUAUUACAUGCCAUAAAAAUUAUGCUUUACUGGUCCCGUGUUUUGUGCAAUUAUAAAGAGAUGGCUUUCUAUUAAGUAUAACUGUAUAUAUAAUUAAGAAUCAUAUUUUCCACAACUAAAAUGUGCAUUAUUUUUUUCAAAGUUUUAUCAUUGCUAUUUAUUUUUACUUUUGUUUCUGAACAUUGAAUACAUGUUCCUUUUGUAUGCUUAAUUACAUGUUUGUCAUGUACAAUAUUAAAUUUUUACUGUACAUUAACUUCUAGAAAAAGCAAAUAAAUUUUUAUUUGCUUGAUAAAGUAAUUGAAAGUGUAUUUUUGGUAUGAAGCUGGUUUUCUGUCACAGUUGUAUCUGCUCAAAUUUUAAAAUAUCUUGUAAUAAAAUAAAAAUAUAUAUGAUGGCUCACACUUCAGAUACUACUUGUAAGGAGUUCUGUAUUCAGGUUAUAUUUUGAAAAGUAAGAUUGUGUCUGUUAAGACCCUCAAGUUGAGCUCAUUUUACUGUAUUUAUUAGAAGUUACAUUUAGAAGAUAUAAUUUCUAAAAAUUUAGAAGUUAUAUUUACUUCCAUUAAGGCUCUAAGACUGGGCUCACCUUGAGAGCGUGUGCGUGCAUUUUCCACUCAAAAAGAGACUGUGUAAGUCAUCUAAAGAAACCUUGCCUAAAUGGUAGCAGCUGUGUAUAGCAUGUCUAAGUCUGUGAGUAUUUAUGUAGCACUUAUUUCUGGAAUUUGCUAUUUUUCCCUUCCUUUUGGUCAGCUAUAUUCUUGCAAAAAUACAUAUUUUAUAUGGCUGUUAACUGGCUUAAUGGCAAAGUUAAUCAUAGAUUUAGAGAAACUUGCUUGCUAAAUCGAUUCUUUGGAAUUACUUAGCUAAUAUUCACUCUUUAAGAAAACAUUGCCAAGAUAUGACUUUGUGGCUAGCAAAUUUAACAGAAGAAUGUACAUGGGCUUUAUGUCAUCUGUUGAGGUAGCGAUACCUGUCUUUUUUUGUUAAGUUAAAUUUGUUCAAAGGCUAGUGUGGGGGAGGAUAGUGUGGCUUAAACUAAUUAUUUAAAACUUAAAAGCAGUGUGAGGACGUAAACCAGAAUAGUCCACAGUCCCUACAAACAGGACCUCAGCUAAGACCACAAAAUCAGUGAAAGCUAAUUUU